UAGGGUUCGGGCCGGAGAGAGGCCUUGAAGACACAACCGCCGAGGCUCCGUCGGCUCCGAGGAGGGGGUCGGGUCGCGGAGAGAGCGCGGAGCUCCGCGGCCGCCACCCCGCGCCCUCGCAGCGCCUUCGCGCCGACGAAAUGGCCAUCAAGAAAUAGAUGCCCAGAUGUAAGGAGGAGAUAAUCCACAUGUCAUGAAGUAAGAUGCAGUAUAGCUUUCAUCCAGAUUAGGGCAAAUCCAUAUAUUUUUCUCAGAAAAGAAUUUCACAAGACUUUGUGAAGGAAGACAGCAUCAGGUUAAGUUAGCAAACGAAGACAUUGUAUUUGAAAUAUGAUUAAUCUCCUGAUGCAGCACCAGAGGCUAACAGUAUUAAUGGCCACAUCUAGUGCUCACAUGGUCUUCUGAAGAAGCCAUGGGUAGCUGCUGUAGCUGUCCAGAUAAAGACACUGUCCCAGAUAACCAUCGGAACAAGUUUAAGGUCAUUAAUGUGGAUGAUGAUGGGAAUGAGCUAGGCUCUGGUAUAAUGGAGCUUACAGACACAGAGCUGAUUUUAUACACUCGAAAACGUGACUCAGUGAAAUGGCACUACCUCUGCCUGCGACGAUAUGGCUAUGACUCAAAUCUCUUUUCUUUUGAAAGUGGUCGAAGGUGUCAAACUGGACAAGGAAUCUUUGCUUUCAAGUGUGCCCGUGCAGAAGAAUUGUUUAACAUGUUGCAAGAGAUUAUGCAGAAUAAUAGUAUAAAUGUGGUGGAAGAGCCAGUUGUAGAAAGGAAUAGUCAUCAGACAGAAUUGGAGGUUCCUAGAACACCUCGAACACCUACAACCCCGGGGCUUGCUGCUCAGAGCUUACCGAAUGGGUAUCCUCGCUACCCCUCAUUUGGAGAUGCUUCAUCCCACCCCUCAAGCCGGCAUCCUUCUGUCGGAAGUGCACGCUUACCUUCAGUCGGUGAAGAAUCCACACACCCUUUGCUCGUGGCUGAGGAACAAGUACAUACUUAUGUUAACACUACAGGUGUGCAAGAAGAUCGAAAAAACUGUGCAAGUGUGCAUGUUCCCCCAGAGGCAAGAGUUUCUAAUGCUGAAAGCAACACACCAAAAGAAGAACCAAGUAAUAUUGAAGACAGGGACCCUCAGGUUCUUCUUAAACCCGAAGGAGUCAAAUUUGUUUUAGGACCAACCCCUGUUCAGAAGCAGUUAAUGGAAAAGGAGAAACUGGAGCAACUUGGAAAAGACCCAGUUAGUGGAAGUGGUGCAAAUAGCACAGAAUGGGACACUGGCUAUGACAGUGAUGAACGAAGAGAUGUACCCUCUGUUAACAAACUGGUGUACGAAAAUAUAAAUGGGCUAUCUAUCCCUAGUGCCUCAGGGGUCAGGAGAGGUCGUCUGACAUCUACCAGCACCUCAGAUACCCAGAAUGUCAACAACUCUGCUCAGAGAAGAACUGCGUUAUUAAACUAUGAAAAUCUACCGUCUUUGCCUCCUGUUUGGGAAGCCCGCAAACUCAGUAGGGAUGAAGAUGAAAGUUUAGGACCAAAGACCCCAUCUCUAAAUGGCUACCAUAAUAAUCUAGAUCCAAUGCAUAAUUAUGUUAAUACAGAGAAUGUAACAGUGCCGGCAAGUGCUCACAAAAUAGACUAUUCAAGGCGUCGGGAUUGUACACCGACAGUCUUUAACUUUGAUAUCAGGCGCCCCAGUUUAGAACACAGGCAACUCAAUUAUAUACAGGUGGAUUUGGAAGGUGGCAGUGACUCUGAUAACCCUCAGACUCCAAAGACGCCGACCACUCCCCUUCCACAAACCCCUACCAGGCGCACAGAACUCUAUGCUGUGAUAGACAUUGAGAGAACUGCUGCUAUGUCCAACUUGCAGAAAGCACUGCCACGAGACGAUGGUACAUCUAGGAAAACUAGACAUAAUAGUACUGACCUGCCCAUGUGAGCCUGGAAAGCAUUAUGUUGUUUGCACCUUCGUGAAGUUUUUAAAAAUGAAGAUGCAAUGCUUCAUUUUCAUUUAUACACUAACUCCUUUUAUAGACUGAGAAUUUUUUUCUGAAUAUUUCAUGUGCAUUCUUAAAGGGAAUUAAUGUAGAGCAGGUACUCAUUAAAAACACUAAUUUCAUUAUAUUCUACUCAUUGUACAGCAGCAUUCCCAUCUUCACAGUGCCUAUUUAAAAUGAGAUUGGAAGUGAAUGACAUGCUGGUUGGUUUAUAGUCAAUGUCCUGGACAUACGCAUAUCUUCCAUGUCUAAGUUGUGGUUGGCAUUUAAACCUUUUAUAAAGUCUCUUGAUAAUGUACAUUGCUAACAUAACUUUAGGCUUUGAGAGUAAUACUCGUAGAUUCACUGUUCACGGUAUAUGGUCUCCAGCAUGUAACAUGAGGAUAUAAUUAAAGGCUUUUUGACUUGGGCCAAAACUCGUAUAAAAGAAACAAGAGAAACCACACCUCCUUUUGUACCAGUCAGCUCCUCUGUCUUCAGUGUUACUAGACAGAGUCCAGUAUCAUGAAUAUAGUUGUAUAUUGGAAGGCAGACAGGAGACAAUGUUUUGUUUACUCAUCUCAUGGUGUCAUUUGAAGGGCAUGUCCAGAUAUUAUCUUACUCAGAAUUAUGGUGGAUUUAGGAAUCAGUCUCAGGUCACUUUCCUCAAAAAACAUUUGAAAAUCUACACCAUGAUCUCUUGGCGUUUCUUUUCAGUAGAUUAUUGAUAGCACAUUGUUUCUGGAGACAUUUGUGCCAUUAAAUUCCCAUUUAGCUUCAGGUGUUUUUUUUUUUUUUUUUUUGUUUUGUCGUUGUGUGAAAGUAUCUUUUAUUCUCCUGAUGUAAUUGUCUUCUCAGGGGCUUACUGCCUCAGUCUGCUAACCUAGGCCUAGUCCUGGAAGCUUCUAGCCGCUGUACAAUCUAAUCUAGGCCUAGAAUGUUUUCAGCCUCUGAGACUUACUGCUGAAUAAAUUCACCCUUUCUGGCUCUCUGAACUCUGGUUGGCUGGUUUAACUCAGCUGUUCUGGCUUAACUCCAAGCUGACUGAUCCAAUCUGGCUUCUCUCAGCUUCUGACUGAAUUGCUCUGUUUGGCCUCGUACUAACUUUGGCAAUAUGUUCUAAUCUUCUAGCUUCUUAUCCUGUGACUUGUUCUGUUUUCACCUGUCUAGCUUGUUGUCUUUAUCCUGUCUUUGUAAAACUGUUGCAGUAAAACUGCCUCCUUUGUCCCUCCUUCUGUGCUGCUGCUGUGUCUUAAGUAGCUUCUUUUUCCUCCCUGUUCUCAUGAGAAUUGGGCAUAUCCUAUUUUUUCAAGCUUUUCUCUGGUUUGUCACUUGGCCUCUCAAUUAGACAUUACAUUGAAACAUGGGUGCUUUAUUCUACAAACUAACUUUACCUUCAUUGUUUGGGAUUAAAGGUGUGUACUAAGGGCGUGUCUGCAUUCCAGCCAGAUCACACAGACCUAGAAGGUCUUUGGAUGUGAUCAGAGCAGCCGUGUUGCUGGAUUAAAAUUCCUCUACAAGUUUGUUUUGUAGUGUCCUUCCAUUUUUACAGUAUGAUGUUUGAGUUUGUAUAUCAUUUUGGAAUGGGAUUGUGUGUUUAUUGUUACUUAGUUUGCAUUUUUGUCAAGUUAUGGUCUUGAAGGUCCAUUUGGAACUGACUGUUAUUUUCUAACAGGGUUGCCCUUGUCCAGUAUUUAUUUAUCUGCUGUUUACUUUUCAAGCUGAUGAUAAAAAACAUUGUCUCAAUUUUAAAUUUCACUUGUGUCCAUUAGUGAUGUCUUUAGUAUACAAGAAGAAAAGGAAGAUAUGCUUAACCAUGUGAGUUCCCCAAAGGUACUGUCCUCCCUGUGGGCGCGUUGCGCAGCACUUUAGCAGGGGUUCUCUCAGUGACAUGGCCGCAGUCCCACUGCCCACUCUGCUGUUCUCUUUUGGAGCUGGGCUCUUCUUAUCCCCAUGAUUUUGCUGAGCUGUUGUUAGCAUAGCAGUUACAGGGAAGUCUUGAAGCAUUGCAAUUAUGUCAUAAUUGAGGAUCUGAAAUGAAGUCAAGUUUGUAUAAACUGAUGAGUAUCUAGAUGUUGAAAUCUUGGAAAUUAAGAAUGCUCCCAAUUCCCAAACCACUGUAUAAUAAAGAGAAGAUAAAAGUAGAAGGUUGGGUAACCUUGCAAAAUAUUUUACUUUUUCUCUAAAAUUGAGUUAGUCUCAUAUCACGAUCUGGAUACGUCAGAUGUGACUAAGGUUGAUUUAACAAGAAAAGGUUUCAGUCAUACAGCAUUCAGUAUAUUUAGGAACUCAUCAGUAGCAGAACAGUAGAAUAGUGUCGUAAUAAAAAUAAAUUAUGACAGCUGUCUUCAUCUUUAGCACCAUUGGUUUAUAGCAUAGUACAAGUUUCUCUGUCCUUUUUCCUCUGUGAACUUGGUGCUUACUGAAGUGUUCACUGUUCUCUUUAAGAGAGCAAUGGCUGGAUGUGCAGUUUUCAUGUUUUAUAUACUGUUCUGUUUAUCCUUUAUUCUGAGUAGAUUGCUAAUUGUGCCAAAUUUCAGUAGUGGAUUUUGUAAUGUGGGGUAAGAACAUUGAUGGCAACAGCACACACGAUUUCUAACAAGCGGUCAGGACCGAACCCAACUCUCCGAGUGAGGGGGCAGAUCUGUUCAUUCUGGAGGCUGAAUGCUUUUUUUUUUUUUUUUUUUUUUGUCUUUUUUUCCCCCCUUUGUACCCUUUCAGAUUUGAAUUAGAUGCUAUAUUUUUUAGGUGAGUAAUAUAAUCAUUACAGUUUAUGCUUUAAAUAGUAUAUGGUUUAAGAAUGAAAAUGGGACCAAUUUGUCUGCUAAUUUGAUUUUAGGGUACUGUAUGAAUAUUAGGAAGAGGUAAACAGAUGGUGUUAAUUUCUAGAUGUCUUCUGGGAAUCACUUUUGUUCCUAUUUAAUCAGUCAUGUAGAGUACCACUGUCCUUUACAGCUGUUUCAUCGUGGGCAUUAAGGUCUGUCCUGGAAGAGUGUACCUUUUAGAGUGAGGUAUUUUAUUGGCACAUAUUUGUGGCCAUAUGUCUCAGAUUUUCUGAGACAAACCUAAUUUUAGAUAAUUGGUUUUGUUGAUUAGACCAUGUGACCCCACUUUUUGGUUUGGAAAUAUAAUCCUUGCUUUCCUUGUUUCCCCCCCAAAUAAAAUCCUUUUUUAUCCAUAUAGACCAUGGCAUUUUUUUUUUUCCAGAUCCAGGGUUGGAAACUGAUAUGGGUUUUACUAGUGUUUUUCUGAAUGUUUUACUUCCCAGUUUCAUCUUCCUUUGAAAAAUGAAAAUACUGUGCCUUCCCUCCCUCCAGGAAGAUUGGCAAAUAGUUGCUUUCAGUCACUGCUGCUGUGGAGUGGUGAGACAUGCACUUUACUCUUGAAGACUCCGCAACAAGCUGUUCACUUCUCAGUACAUCCAUAAAAUAGAUCGCAUUUGGGACGUGGAAGCUUUGCCAUGCAGUCUGUGUCAUUGCAGAUAUUAAUGCUGACCCCACCUCCCACCUCCCCGGUACAAUAAGUCAAACUGGUGUGUUUGUUCUCCUCACUGUACCCGCCCCAAAUCUGUGGCACAGCAUAUAAAAAUGUACCUCAAUAAUGUUCUAUUAAAAAUGGGACAGGGGCCUUAUGUUUUCAUAAUUUCCCAGCAAUGUGCCACCAUGUAUUUGCCACCAGGUAAAGGUUUAGCAAGCUAAAAUGUACUUCCCAGUUUCCCCUGUGCUAUUUUCUACCCAUAAUACCCAAAUGUUUUGUGCAAUGUGUAUGUAUAAAUAUGUAUAUUCUUGAAAUAGACAUAACAUCAGAGACAUCAUUCAGAAAUAAUGUAUUGGCAUUUCAUUCAUAUUUCUGAUGUGAAGUAUAUGGUACUAUUUACUUUUUCCUUAAUGUUUGCCAAAUUUUAAUCAAGGCAUUGGUACGAAAUUACAGAAUGUAUGGAAAACAUUUUUGGCUUGAAAAGUUAACACUUUCUUAUCUAUCACAAUGUACUCUGCCCAGACCAGCACCCUGUCAUCUUGCUGCCUAUUUCCCAUCCCUGCUUCCUCAUUUUUCAGGGUGUAACAAUUCUUUCAUAGCAUCCUAUAUUUGAAAUUCUCUAGCAAUUAGACAAUAGCAGCAUGGAAACAGGCUGGUAUUCAUAGUACCGUAGUCACCGGGGUGCCACAUUUGCAUUAGUAAAUGCAAAAUAGAUGUUUUAUAAAGGACAGACUUUGUGUUAUGUUUCUAUUUUCAUUACAUUGUAUAAUAAUGUAAGAUUAUUGUAUGUCCUAAUUUGCAUUAUAAAUGGUUUUUUUUCCUACAUAAAGGCAUAAAUAUAGCAACUUUGUAUAAAGGUAGCUUAUUAGGUUUCAAUUUUUUCUUUUAUAAAAGUUUUCUUCAGUGGGACUACCAUUGCCAAAUUGUAUAUGAGAUAAGAAUUUUACCCCUAUGGUUAAUUUCUUUUCUGAACAUUCCAUAUUUCUCUAAUAAAAGACAUGAUACUGUACUAUGCAUAAAUUGUGUUUUAAUGCUGUUUCAUAUCAGCAUUUUCAUUUUGAGUUGGCAUUCUUAGUAUUGGCAAAACUUAACCACUGUUAGUUAAAAUAAAGCUUUGUUGUAUAUGUAACAGCAUCAUUUGCCCUUGCCCUGUAUCCCUUCUUUCCCUUUGUUUUUUAUUCUCUUUGUCAGUGCCAACUUCAUACAUUUUGUAGCAUGGCAAUAAAAUAUAACUUUUACACUGAGGCCAAGUGUGGCUUUUUGAAAGAAGUGGGGAUGGGAGGAUAGCCCCCUAGUUGUCCUAGUAUGGAACUUUUUGCCAUAUAAGCCAUGUUAUCAGGCAUAAGAAGUUAUAUAUGAUGUAAACAUGCUUUAAGGGCAAGUAUGGAUGUGCUUUAAAGCUUUGUUUUUAAUGUAACAAAUGACUAAUUUUUAAUCUUUGGAAAAGUCAGAGUCCUUGAGUACAGUCGAGUUUUUAUUAACUGGAGUACUUAAAGAAUAAGCUAAUAAUGGAAUUUUGUUCAACAAGGGCUAAGUAACACUUUUAAAAAAAUUCUUAUUUAUUGUGGAGUAUUAGUAUACUAUCCUAAAAUUAUACUGUGUAAAAUAUGGUUUAAUCGUAGACUGUGUAGCAUCUUGCACUGCCUUAUUGUUAUCAUUCUGCCAUAAAUAUCCAUGAUGAGGUACUCGAGCUGAUACUGGAAGUUGAGCUGACUAUACACUGACCUGAAGCAUUCAUGAAAAACUGCUUUGUUGAAUAAAACCUUAUGACUUCUUGUGGUCACUUUCCCCUCUUUGCCAAAAGUAGAUCGCAAUAAAACCCAAAUAAAAGUUUGGUUGGAUACUUA